AUGGCUGUUAAAGCUGGUUCCUUUUCAGUAUCUUGUGACGCUUCGUCGCUUUCUUCUCCUCUCAAGCUAAGCGGAAUCUCCAAGCUAAGCUCAGGAGCCGAACCAUGUGGUAGCUUGCACUUUGGAACUCGGAAGUAUCGAAAUGCUACAGUUAGCUCGAGAACCUUUCUCAGUUACUGGCUGCAAAAUGACAGAAAUGUCAAGAGGACCCGAAGUAGGCUCUCUGCAACUUCACAAGAGCAGUCAGAGUAUGGUGAGGUUAAACCUGAAGUGACCGAUCAAGAACACUCUCUUUCUAAUCCAGAAUCCAAAUCCAUCCCCAGCACUUCAUUCAGUGAUGUUCAGGGAACUGGUGGAAAACCGGGUCUUGUUUCAUUUAAUGGACAUCAAUAUAAACCAAAAGCUGCGGUUUCUGCCUCUAGCUCUACACAAAACAAUCAGAGCAGCCUAUUGUGGUUCCUUGGUCCAGCUGUCCUUGUGGCUUCGUUCAUUUUCCCUUCUAUCUAUUUGCGCAGAGUACUCUCCAUAAUAUUCGAGGACUCUUUGCUCACAGAUUUCCUCAUACUGUUUUUCACAGAAGCGAUCUUCUACUGCGGUGUCGCUGUUUUCCUUCUGCUGAUUGACCGUGUGAGAAGGCCUGAUGAUGAAUCAGAAUCCCAUCCAAGCAAUCAAACCACAGUCUCUCCUCCUCAGCUGGCCCACAGAAUAUCCUCUGUUGCUACGUUGGUUCUGAGUCUUAUAGUUCCUAUGGUGACCAUGGGUUUGGUCUGGCCGUGGACUGGUCCUGCUGCUUCUGCCACUCUCGCACCAUAUUUAGUUGGCAUUGUUGUCCAGUUUGCAUUCGAACAGUAUGCUAGAUCUCGAAAGUCGCCUUCCUGGCCAGUGAUUCCUAUAAUUUUUCAGCUUUAUCGACUGCAUCAACUGAAUAGGGCGGCCCAACUGGUGACUGCUCUCUCAUACACAGUGAAAGCGGCCGAGAUGACCACACAUAACUUGGAGAUAAGCAGCUCCCUUGGGACACUUUUGAAUGUUCUGCAAUUCCUUGGAGUCAUCUGCAUUUGGUCUCUGUCAAGCUUCCUCAUGAGGUUUUUCCCAUCAGACGUGCGAAAGGUGGCACCCUGA